GAAAAACGAGACCUCCGAGUGACUGCAUCAAAGCAACCUAAACAGCACCUAUCAUGGCUCCCGUAAUCCAUUUGACACCUCUUAUUAUCAACCACAAUGGUUGCUCUAUACGCAUCGCCCGGAUAUGAAUGACGAGGCAGCCCGACAAGAGAUGUCAUCUCCGGGCAUGGGCACCCCCAGCGACCCCCUCCUGGCCACCCCCGGGCUGGGCAGGCUACCCUCGGCUCACGGUGGACUCUGGAGGAGCUCGCUGCCCAAGACGGCCAGCUUCCCGACAUCCUCCACCCGACUCCUCAGCCACCGCGCCAACAACUUCCAGCGGCAGCCCAAGCGACAAAAGCUGAUCCGACCCUCGCCGCCUCCGCCGCCCAACACGCCGUGUCCCCUGGACAGGCUAGACCUCAGCGAGCUCCCCCCGAGACGCACCUUCCAGGAGUUGCUCUUCAACGGCUGCAUCCUGUUCGGGAUCGAAUUCAGUUACGCCAUGGAGACGGCUUAUGUGACGCCCGUGCUUCUGCAGAUGGGAUUGCCCGAUCAGUUCUACAGCUUGGUGUGGUUCAUUAGCCCCAUACUGGGAUUCCUGGUUCAGCCUCUCAUUGGAGCUUGGAGUGAUCGUUGCACAUCCCGGUUUGGACGCAGGAGACCAUUUAUUUUUGCAUUGGCCAUAGGGGCAUUGGUCGGUCUGACUCUGUUGUUGAACGGACGGGACAUUGGAGGAGCCCUGGCGGAUACGGCAUCCAAUCACAAGUGGGGCAUACUCCUGACCGUAUGCGGCGUCGUCCUGAUGGACUUCAGCGCAGAUUCAGCGGACAACCCGAGUCACGCCUACAUGAUGGAUGUGUGCAGCCCAGAGGACCAGGACCGGGGGUUGAACAUUCAUGCUCUGCUGGCAGGACUUGGAGGCGGCUUUGGGUACAUCGUGGGCGGCAUCAACUGGGACCAAACCCACUUUGGAAAAUCAAUGGGAGGUCAGCUACGGGUCAUCUAUAUGUUCACCAGCAUCACCCUGGUGAUCGCCACAGCCAUGACUCUUACAAGUAUCCCCGAGCGACCUCUGCCAAAGAGCCAGCCCUUCGCCAAAAACCACCUGAAGAGUCCCAAUCUUCUUCUUCCUCCAUCGCCUCCCGCCCCACUGGGAUCUGCGCUGGCAGUUGAUGAAGAGGACGAAGAAGCUCAAUACAGCUAUCAAUUGUCAAAGUCAAGUCACCCUGACUCUUUGGCGCAUUCCUGCAGUGCCAGCGCCCGCCUCUGUGCUGGCCUCACUAGCCCCAUAUCCCCCUUGAGCCCCCUUACGCCAAAAUAUGGCAGUUUUAUAAGUCGGGACACUUCACUCACCGGCAUCAAUGAAUUCGCCUCCUCAUUGGGGACAUCCUACAUAGACAGUGUUCUAAUAGACUGCUAUACUGGGCAACAGACACCACAGGGGCUCCUGCCUCCCGACUCUGUGGCCAUGCCUCCGGGUGACUCCCUUGCCCUUGCCCCAGAAGGUUCCACAAAGGCAGAGAGGCCAUCUGAUGUGGUCUGUCAUCCAGACACAGAAGGUACCUCGCAGUUCCAAACAGCAUCUCAGGUCACAUCGGGGGAGCAGCCCGGCCCAGGACCACGUCGGGGUUCCGCUGCCGGAAUCUUGAAGCGACCUCAGAGUCUGGCACUCAUGGAGGACCCCAUGGCGACACAGAUAGUCGGCAUGGAGAACGGACGCAGGAGAACUGUGACAUUUAGCCAGCAGGUCGCAAACAUUUUGCUGAACGGCGUGCGCUACGAGAGCGACAUCAGCGAGAAUGCUGAGACGGGAGAAUCCCAAAUGUCAAUGAAGCUCUUGUGUAUAGCCAUCUACCGGAUGCCUCCCUCUCUGCGCAGCUUAUGCACUAACCAUUUUUUGGGCUGGCUGUCCUUCGAAGGCAUGCUGCUCUUCUACACAGACUUCAUGGGGGAGGUUGUAUUCGAAGGAGACCCCAAAGCGCCCCAUGACUCCGAGGCCUACAAGCGUUACAACGCUGGGGUCAGCAUGGGCUGCUGGGGCAUGUGCAUCUAUGCAUUCAGCGCCGCUUUCUAUUCAGCCAUAUUGGAGAAACUGGAGGAGCGCUUCUCUCUGCGCACGCUCUACUUUUUCGCCUACCUGGCGUUCGGCCUGGGCACGGGUCUGGCCACGUUAUCCACCAACCUCUACGUGGUGUUGUCUUUGUGCGUCACCUACGGGGUGCUCUUCUCCUCCCUAUGCACGCUGCCUUACUCUCUGCUGUGUGAAUACUACCAAAGCCCCAAGUUCUGCGGCUCAUCAGAGGAGGGCACUCGGCGCGGGAUGGGGGUGGACAUCUCACUGCUCAGCUGCCAGUACUUCCUGGCCCAGAUCCUAGUCUCGGUGGCUAUGGGACCCCUGACUUCGCUGGUGGGCGGCGCCCAGGGGGUGAUGUACUUUGCCAGCCUGAUGUCGUUCGUGGGCUGCGUGUAUUCGUCCCUCUGCGUUGUAUACCAGCUGCCCGCCGCGGAGGGAAGAGGAGAAGUUGAAACGGGGGUGUGAACAUCAACAUUCAGAAGAACACAAAGCGACCCCCUCCUCCUCUGAAGGUGGACAACACAGAGCGCCAAAAAGACUCUUUUGGGCGCGUUAAAGCCAGCAAAGCAGCAGCAAAUAUCACGUUGAAUUUCAUUAGGAAGCAACCCCUCCCCAUCCUAAUUAAACAAUUCGUAGAAACUGAUUACUGCUGCCUCAGUAGAAUAUCAAUAUUUGACUUCAUGUACACAAGCAGCUUGCUUUUUGAAAAUAUUGUCGCAAUAGUUUCUUCUUUUGUUCAGUGUGUAAAGAAA